AUGGAGAAGAAUCAAGGCAAGUCGGAGGACGUCCAGGGCGAGCAGCCACCCGCUGCUGACCUAGGGCACUACUCCGUCUUCACCAACUCGAUGCGCCUCUAUCUGACAUACCUCUUGGGCUUUGUCAUAAUCCUCUCGACUCUGACGGCAACGAUCUACUUCCCGCUCAUUCCAUUACUGAGUCGCGAGUUUUCGGUAUCGGUUCAGGCCAUCAACCUCACAGUCACGCUGUACGCCGUGUGCCAGGGGGUUACCCCGCCUAUCUUCGCGUCGCUGGCUGACUGUUUUGGCCGCCGCCGCCUGCUCCUCUGCCUGGUGGCGCUUUAUACCUGUGCCAGCCUGGGGCUCGCGCUGAACCGCGACAGCUACAGCACAUUGCUUGCCCUUCGUGCCCUCCAGAGCGUCGGCGGCUCAGCGACGCCAGCAAUCGCCUAUGGCAUCGUGGCAGACGUUGCCGUGGUGUCGGAGCGUGGCCGCAUGCUGGGGCCCAUGCUGUCGUUAUGUAAUGGGAUAUCCGCCGUCGGGCCCGUGAUUGGCGGUGCAGUGGCUCAGAGUACGGGCGCCUACAAAUGGGUCUUCCUUUCGCUCUGUAUCGUCGGGAUUGUGUGCUUGGUGCUCGUCGGAUUCACACUGCCCGAAACGGCGAGAGCAGUAGUCGGUGAUGGGUGCGGCAAGCCUCCUAUACUCUCCAAGGUCUGGGGUACUGAGGACGUCUUGAUGAAAUAUGGCACGACAUGUGACCGAAAUCAUCAAGACCAUAUCCAACGGGACAUGAUACCAAGGGCUCAAUGGAAGCCCACCAUGCUGCUCGAGUCACUGCGCAUCAUCUUCCACCCCGACGCAGCGGCCGUGCUGUGGAUGAUCGCGACGUCGUAUUGCGUUUACUAUACUUUCCAAGUCGCCAUCCCCGUCAUUUACGAAGAUGUCUACGGAUAUAACAAUCUCCAGAUUGGUCUUGCCUUCUUGUCCGGGCUCGCCGGCAUGACGGUGGGUGGUAUCGUGGCCGGAAAAUUGCUCGAUCGAAAUUUCACCGUCGUUGCCCGCAAGAACGGUUUCCCCAUUGACAGGGAAAAGGCGCAGACUCUCGACGACUUCCCUCUCGAGGCGGCCAGGUACCGGUCUAUCGUGCCUUUCGUUGUGUUGGAAGUGGCCUUGGUGGCGGGCUACGGAUGGGCCGUACAGCAAGAGGUACAUCCCGCAGCGUUGCUGGUGAUGCAGUUCUUCAUCUGCGCCUCAUCUACGCUUCUGAGCCAUACAUCUAGUGCUCUCCUCGUGGACAUGUUUCCCAGCAAGUCCAGCACGUCGUACGCCUCUGGCCAGCUGAUGCGAUGUGGGCUGAGCGCUGCUUCGGCUGCUGUGCUGGCUCCGCUGACCGAAGCUGUCGGUAGGGGUUGGUACUUUACCUUGUUUUCUGUAUUCACCGCUGUGAGCGCCCUCGCAUGUGUCUGGCUUACAAUGAUCAAAGGCAAGUCGUGGAGACAGAAACGAUGUUCUUCAAGGUGA